CCUUGACUGAGUUGUGACUCGACUAAGUGCAGAUGUUUCAUUUUGAGCGUCAUUUCACGCCAAUUGUACGCUCCGCAAAAUUGCCACCAUGAAAUCGUCCCUCCUGCUUCUACUGUGCUGUGCUUUUUCAGCACUGACGCUGGCUCAAGUGGACAAGGCUCCUGCAACUUUGACCCCUGCCAAAAAGUUUGUGACUGACCAAACCAGCAGCAUACCAAGUGUUUCACCUGCACCCUCCACCAACGCUACAACGCCUGUGCCCUCCACCAACGCUACAACGCCUGUGCCCUCCACCAACGCUACAACGCCUGUGCCCUCCACCAACGCUACAACCAAAGCUGCACCCUCCACAAACGCUACAACGCCUGUGCCUUCCACCAACACAACCACAACGCCGACAUCGCCUCCUUCUCCUCCCAAACCCACACCGCCCGCCAACUUGAGCGUUGGGAACUACAGCCUGAUGAAGGACAAGGUGGUCUGCCUGAUGGCUCAAAUGGCACUGCAGAUCCGCCUGAUGACACCAAAGGCCAAUGGGACCUUUGUGGUUCAGCCCAAUAAGACCAAAGCAAUCGGGGAGUGUCAGGAGAACAAGGCUAACCUCACACUGGUCUUCCAGGAGGGUUUUAUCACCUUUAUGUUCAACAAGAGCUUGGCUGAAAACAAGGUCUAUGUGGAUGCUCUGUCUUUUGUCCUCUCCUACCCUUUCAGUACAGCCAACGGACAGUACGCCGCCAGCAACAAGUCGAUGAGAAGCUUUGCCGCAAAAAUCGGCCACUCGUACUCCUGCAAGAGCGAGUCACUCUACAUGGGGAAUGGACUGUAUUUGGAUGUCAAGCAAGACAGGAUGCAGGCCUUCAAUCUGACCAAGAGCAAUGGAUUUGGCAUCACUGAUCCGUGUGCAGCCGACCAGCCAGAUUAUCGCGUGGCCAUUGGAGUAGGGGUCACGCUGCUGGUGCUUAUUGUGGUGGUAGUGGUGGUCUACCUGUUGGGCCGCAAGAGGAGGACCGAUGGCUACCAGUCGCUGUGAGGCCAGCCAUGCCCCAGGGGUGGCUGGGUGAGGCAGAGUGUGCUCUCAAGGGCACCAAAAUGCACAUUUUGCUCAAAAUAUGUUACUGGAAUAACAUUUGGUUCUUUUUUCCCCCACUGUUGACAUUUUGUUUUAGCAUUCUGUUUUAAAGUGUUGUUUUUAUUAUGAGAAUUGUACUAAUGUACCCCUCAUACACCGUGAAUUAGCAAAAAGGGAUUUCUAAAGGGAUGCGACUGCAUGUGUUGAGAAUGACAUGUGAUGUACUGAUCAAUUAUAAUUGCACUAAUUAGGGUUACAGCCGAGGUUGUAUAUAUAUGGUCGUCUGAAUAGAACCCUUGUUUCUAGCUUUAUGGCUUCUGAUGACAAAACAUGCAAAUUGUUUACAUUAUUGCUUAAUACAGCCAAAAUAAAGUGGGACAUAAAAUACGUAUUAAUAAUACAUUUGUGUUGUGCAUGUUGCCAUUGUGUACAGCAGUAAGUUGAUGUUGAUUGUUGCUGUAGAUGCAUAUUUUUCUCCCUUUGAAUGCUUUUUAUGCCAUUAAAGAACGAAGUUCAUUCCAAUAAUACCCAGUUGAGCCAAUGGGUAACAACAUGGCUUUUUUUAACGUUAUAAUGUACUUUUAAAAAACAUGUUUUGAUUUAAACAGAAUGGUAGUAUUGUUCUUACUGGCUUUGACACCUCUUAUUAAAUCGUGGCUGUCAUACUUUGUCGCCGGAUGUCCAAAGGAAUUAUAUUUCUGAAGUUCAGAAAUAUAAUUCCUUUGGACAUCCGGCGAUCAAAGAAUCUGAACGUAAUACAUACAGGCUGCCAUACCAUGAAUUGAUUUACGUGGACCCCGACUUAAACAAGUUGAAAAACUUAUUCGGGUGUUACAAAUAAGUGGUCAAUUGUACGGAAUAUGUACUGUACUGUGCAAUCUACUAAUAAAAAUUUCAAUCAAUCAAUCAAAAA